AUGAGCUCGACAAAUGAGCCCGAACGCGUUCAAGUGCGUUGCAUCCUUCUGGGCGGUUCUGCUGUUGGCAAGAGCACCUUCCUGAAGAAGUUGACCAACGCGACCUCAGCAAACAAUACCACAGACGCCGACUACUCAAUGACCAGUCGUAUUGAGGUGCACAGCAAGUCCUAUGUUCCCGGCAAUGGCAGCCGCCUUCAGGUAGAGGUGUGCUUUCUCGACACACCUGGACGGGCGCCUUAUCAGGUCCUGGUAGAGGGCGUCUGCAAGCGGGCCACCACCGCCGGAAAGUGCCUUAUCGUCGCCCUCUUCGAUGUGACCAAUCGAGCCUCGAUGGCGCCGCUUGAAGGGCUGCUCACUUGGCUAAACAAACAGCAGCAGUCGAACAGUGGAAAGACUUCGGCGGCGGCGGCCACCGCUGCCACGGAAGGCGUCCUCGUGGCCAACAAGAUUGACCUUGUCGAUAAGCGCAUCGUGUCGCCCUCGGAGGGACAACAGAAGGCGAAGAUGUUCAAGCUGCGGUACUUUGAGUGCUCCGCUCUGAACGACAUCGCUAUGGCGGACUUUGAUCAGCUGAUUCUCGACAUGGUCCAGACGAUGCUUGCCCCGCCGGCGGAUAUUGCCGAAAGAAGCGGAGGAGGUGGUCAGAAUGGCGGAGUUCCGGCACCAAUGUCUCAGCUGAAAUCCAUCGACUAG